AUGAAGAGCGUUUGUGUUUAUUGCGGUUCGGCUAGCGGGGACAAGAGCUUCGUAGCUGCUGCGGAGGAGCUGGGCGCGCUGAUCCACGCGAGACGGUGGUCGCUGGUGUACGGCGGGGGCACCACUGGGCUGAUGGGCGGGGUGGCCCGCGGUGCCAUGGGCCCCAGCAAGGACGGCUCGGUGCAUGGGAUCAUCCCGGAUGCGCUGGUGGCCAAGGAACGUAGCGAUGGUGGUGGCGCUGGGCAAGAGCAGGAGCAGGAGCAGGAGGAGUACAGCGAGCCUGUCAAUGGUACCACGGUGGUGUCGAGCGACUACGGUGAGACCACGGUGGUGCCGGACAUGCACACCAGGAAGCGGCUGAUGGCGUCUAUGAGCGAUGCGUUCGUGGCGCUGCCCGGCGGGUUCGGCACGCUGGAGGAGCUGCUGGAGUGCGUCACUUGGUCGCAGCUGGGGAUCCACAACAAGCCGGUGGUGGUGCUGAACACCAACGGCUACUUCGACGCGCUGCUGCGGUUCUUCCGGGACGCCAUCGCGGCGGGGUUCAUCAGCGAGGCCAACGGCAGCAUCUUGCAAGUGGCCUCCACGCCGCAGGAGGCUAUCGACCUCAUCGUCAACUACAAAGUCCCAGAAGGGCGGUUCAACUUGAAGUGGUCCGACGAAGGGUUGUAA